GCGACCGCGUCGCGCCCAAACUCCGCUCUCCGGGGGGCCUGACCCGCUAUGGAGUUCAAUGGCGCUGCUCCACCGGCUUAUACUGAUGCCGCACCGAUAAGUACGAUCGGGCACGCCUUACAGAACGCGAGCAAUGGCGAACCACCCGAACGCCUCGCUCCCGCCGCGCCCCGCGCGCGGACUAAACGAGCCGAGAGGUGCAUCCGACGCGCCGCUGCCGGUCCCUCAAGCAGCCGCCGCAAGUUCCCGAUCGCCCGCGGUCGUGAUGCAAGCCGCGACGUUGCCUCCGGCCGCGCCACCAUCCGCGCCGCCGGCAGCGACACCAGCCGCGCCGCUAGCCGCGCCGCCAGCCGCGCCGCCAGCACAGAUGCCCGUCGCGCUGCCCGCAGCCGUGCCUGCUGCGCCACCAGCCGCGCCGCCGGCCGCGCCGCCGGUCGCGCCGCCGGUCCCGCCCGGCGUCUUCGACUGGAUCUGCGCGAGUUGUGCCAAUAUCAAUUCCUCCGGCCGCGUAGCCUGUAGCAAAUGCCAGCGGCCCGUCUGCGCCGCGUGUCGGCUGGUCACACCGCGCGCCGCGGCCGCGGCCGCGGCCGCGGGCUGCGCGCCGCCCGUGGCCGCGGCCGUGAUCAUCAAGCUGCCCUUCGCGCCGCCGCCCGCGGCGCCCGCGCCGCCACCGGAAGAACCGAAGAAGAAGGAGUACACCGGCCCGAGCAUCGCCGAGAUCCGGGCCGCGUACCAGCGCGAGCAGGCCGCGGCCCUCGGCCCGCCGAAGCACGGCAAGCGGCCGUCGGCCUUCCUGCAGCCGCGCUACAGCACGCGGUCGACGGCGCCGCCGCCGCCGCCGAAGCCCGAGCCCGAGCCGGAGCCGAAGCAGCCCCUCUUCGCGCCGGCGCCGCCGCGGCACGCCCCCCGCGAGCGCGCGCCGCCGACGGCGCGCGGCGGCCGUCCCAAUAAAAGGGACGCCUACGCGGCGCAGCGCGUCGGCCAGUCGGCGGUCACGUUUCUCGGGGAGCGGGAUCUAGCCAGACGGUCGAACGCGCGGUUCCUGCCCGAGCCGCGGCCGCGCGCCUACUGGCACCCCGAGACCAAGGACUCGUGCGAGGUUUGUGGCGGCGCCUACACGGACUGCCUGGAGGACACGAUCGUCUACUGCGACGGCUGCGACCGAGGGUUCCAUCAAAGAUGCUACCACGUGACGGUCAUCCCCGAGGACGACUGGUUUUGUAGGGUGUGUAUUAGGAGGAGAGGCGGCGUGACGCCGCUGACGAUGAUCCCCCAGGCGCCCGCGGUCCCCACGAUCGUCGAGCACGAGGAGAGCGGCGACCCCGAUCUUAUUUUAGAUGCGCUGAAGCACGCCGGCUUAGAUAAAUGUGUGGAUUUCCUCGUGCUGGCUUCAGUACAAUUAAGGUUCGGCUACCCGUCUUUACCUUUAAGGAGUCUCAUCGACUGUUUGCGGACGGACCUGGAGCGCGUCGUGGAGUGGGACAAGGAGGGGCCGUGCGCCUACGAGAAGCUCUGCAAGAAUUAUCUGCGGAACACGGGCAUCCUCCCCAAGAAGGAGCCGCGGUGGUGCACGGCUUUGGCUGAUUGUCUGCGGAUCAUGCAGUGCGUCGAGAUGUCGAGCUGGCUCGUGGAUCAAGAUGAAUUGCAGGCUUGUAGACCGGUAGGCAUGGAGCCGGCAGAAAGUACAGACGAGUUUAGUGUAGGAGACACGGUAGAAGCCCAGUGGAAAGGUAGAGCAGAAUGGUGGGAGGGCACGGUCGAGUCCGUGGGCGAGCUGACGCUGGGCGUGCGGUACGACGACGGGACUGUGGAAGAGGCCGUGCCCAUCGGGUUGUGCCGGCCCGGCGCCGAGCAGCGCACGAAGAACAAGGAGUACAAAGAAAAGAUGGAGGCGGACAUCCGGGAGAAGCUGAACGGGCUGAACGCGCGGCGGCGGGCGAAGAUUCUGCGGGUGCUGGCGGAGGAGACGCUCCAGGGCGGCGUCGUCAAGCAGCGGCUCGAGAAGUACACGGGCCAGUCGCGCGACUGGUACCCGCGCCAGUUCAUCGACGAGACGCUGAUUGGCGUCGACUCGCAGGGGCGCGCGUACCGGUGCAUGGAGGACGACGUCGGCGGCUGCCUGUUAUAUAGGGAAAAGGACCCGACGCGGACGCCGCCGCACGGACCCCACGCCCACGAGCGCGCGCGGAAGCGGCCCAAGGUCGCGGCGCCGUCGCGGAGGGACCAGCGUUCUAAUCCGUCGGCCGAGGCUAUCGCCUGCAGCGCGCGCCAGAUCCACACGAUCGCUAAUGAGCUGAUCGGCGGCCACGACGGCGACGAGCUCUGGCUCGCGAAGUGUUUGCGCGACCUGGCGAAGCACGUGGCCGCGAAGCGCGAGGAGCGCGCGUCGAUCUUGAAGCAGCAGGAGCGGGCCAUCCGGCGGGAGCGCCAAGUCGCGCGGGAUUUGGGCAGUUAUGUCUUACCGGAGAGCGAGUCGCGGACGCGCGGCAAGAAGGUCGAUUACAGUGAUAUGGGGAACGGGUGA